GUUUCAUAUUGCUCUCUCUUACCCUCCCCCCCUUCUGCUUGCCACGGCGCUGUGUGGUACUAGAAUCCGCAAAGUAUAUAAUUGCCCUCAUUCGUUACAAUGCUCACAUCUGAUAAGUCUCGAUUUGAUUUAUGCUUCUGGCUACCUUGAAGCUCAAAUUGAGAUAAUCCAUUCAACUUCCACAUACUUUAUGCACUUACGGAAACGGUUGAUGAUACGACAUGAACUGGUGAGAAGAUGCAUCAAUCCAAAGAAGAUCUUUUACAGCAAUAUAAAGGCUGCGAUGUCUCGAGUCUUCCCAAACCCGCCGCUAUUAUGGAUGUCGCAAUAGCGCGCCGGCACUGUUCCACAAUGCUGCAAGCCGUCCAAGCGCUGAACGUUAACUUCAGAGCACACGUCAAAACCCACAAGACAUCCGAGCUUGCUCUCCUGCAGAUCGGAUCAGACAUGCACGAUGUCCAUUUGGCUGUUUCGACGGUCGCUGAAAUUGAACACUUGCUACCGACGCUAUGCAACUUGAAGGAGAGCGGCCGGGCCAUCAAUAUUCUCUAUAGUGUGCCACUCCCACCAUCUCAAACUUCGCGAGUAGCACAGCUUGCACGAAGAUUGGGACCGGGUAGUAUUACGUUGCUGAUAGACCAUCCGUCUCAUCUCAAGCCUUUGCUAGUCUUUCGCCAGGAGGCCGGUUUUCCUAGCGGGGUUUUCCUCAAAGUCGAUACCGGAUACCACCGAGCAGGGCUACCACCAUCCUCGUUGAAUAAGGGCGGAUUGAUUGACGAGAUCGCACGAUUAGAGUCUGAAGGUGAUGUGUAUUUUGUUGGACUAUAUUCACAUUCGAGUUUGAGCUAUGCCGGGACUACGGCCUCGGAGGCAAUGGAUGCACUUGGCUCUGAAAUCAAUGGAUGCCUCGACGCCCUCAAUUACAACCAAGCCUCCCUUCCUAAGCACCAUUCUAUAAUGAUAAGCGUUGGCGCUUCGCCCCAGGUUGUAGCUAUUCAAAAUUUUGCAGGACGCAAUGCGGGAAUGUCAGGACCGACGAUAACUCUCGAAAGGGCCCUCGAGGACAUCUCAAACUUCGAAAUCGGUGGGUGCCAAAUUACACUCGAGCUGCAUGCUGGUGUUUACAGCGUAAUGGACAUGCAGCAAUUUUCAACAAGAUCGAUUAAUUCACUCGGCCACGUGGAUGGUGAGGUUGCUCUUUCUGUCGCCGCUGAGGUCGUGAGUGUAUACAAUGACGGGGAACGACAAAAGCCUGAAGCACUUCUGGCUGUGGGAACUUUGGGUCUUGGAAGAGAACCAUGUGCCUCAUAUAAGGGAUGGGCUGUCGUCGGCCGGUCACAAAAAUGCCACAAGGCUAACGGCGAUUCGCGGAUGAUUGUGGAAAGAAUCAGCCAGGAGCACUGUGUGAUCUCGUGGGACCUUGCGGAUUGGCCAAAGGAAGCUCAGUUGCCUAGACUUCCACUUGAAGUUGGACAGACGUUGAGACUAUACCCAAAUCAUGCCUGCGUGACAGGUGCGAUGUAUGGUCAUUACUUUGUAGUGGACUCCGAUAUCUUAGAGCCUGACAUUGUGCAGGAUGUUUGGGUUCGUGCGUCCGGCUGGUAGAACGUUAUUCAACACGCACUCUGUUAAUCCAAAACUAUGGUUUUAGAAGGCAUCUAUCUUUCGUUGAUAACAUCGAUCUCCGGUCAACAUAUUUAUUACAAGUCAAUUUGCCAAUAGCAAAGCCAAGGCAUCUGAUUGUUCAUAGUACAACGAGAAUCGACUACUACCGCAAUACAUUAUACGUUGAC